AUGGCCGACAGCGCCAGCGAGAGCGACACGGACGGCAGCGGCGUCGGAGCGUCGGGGGCGCCGGGGGUGUCGUCGGCCGGGCCCGGAGGGGGCGCGUCGUCCUCGUCGGCCGCGGGCCCCGGCAAGGCGGGCGGCAUCGUGAUCUCCCCGUUCCGGCUGGAGGAGCUGACCAACCGGCUGGCCUCGCUGCAGCAGGAGAACAAGGUGCUGAAGAUCGAGCUGGAGACCUACAAGCUCAAGUGCAAAGCGCUGCAGGAGGAGAACCGCGACCUGCGCAAGGCCAGCGUCACCAUCCAAGCACGAGCGGAGCAAGAAGAAGAAUUUAUCAGUAAUACCCUGUUUAAGAAGAUCCAAGCUUUGCAGAAGGAGAAGGAGACGUUGGCUGUGAAUUAUGAAAAGGAGGAAGAAUUUCUCACUAACGAACUGUCAAGGAAGCUGAUGCAGCUGCAGCAUGAGAAGGCAGAGCUGGAGCAGCACCUGGAGCAGGAGCAGGAGUUCCAAGUCAACAAGUUGAUGAAGAAAAUUAAAAAACUGGAAAACGACACCAUUUCGAAGCAGCUCACUCUGGAACAGCUAAGACGAGAGAAGAUUGAUCUGGAAAACACCCUAGAACAAGAACAGGAAGCUCUUGUGAACCGUCUCUGGAAGAGGAUGGACAAACUUGAAGCCGAAAAAAGAAUUCUCCAGGAGAAACUGGACCAGCCCGUGUCUGCUCCUCCGUCGCCAAGGGACAUAUCAAUGGAAAUAGACUCUCCAGAAAACAUGAUGCGCCAUAUCAGGUUCCUGAAGAACGAGGUGGAGAGGUUAAAAAAACAGCUCCGAGCAGCACAGCUACAGCAUUCAGAGAAGAUGGCUCAGUACCUGGAGGAAGAACGUCACAUGCGAGAGGAGAACCUGAGGCUCCAACGGAAGCUGCAGCGGGAGAUGGAGCGAAGGGAAGCCUUGUGCCGGCAGCUGUCUGAAAGUGAAUCCAGUCUGGAAAUGGACGAUGAAAGAUACUUUAACGAAAUGUCUGCACAAGGAUUAAGACCUCGCACUGUGUCAAGUCCGAUCCCGUACACACCUUCUCCAAGUUCUAGCAGGCCCAUCUCACCAGGUCUCUCGUACGCAAGUCACACCGUUGGGUUCACUCCCCCAACUUCACUCACCAGAGCUGGCAUGUCCUACUAUAACUCUCCUGGCCUUCACGUGCAGCAUAUGGGACCGUCCCACAGCAUUACGAGGCCUUUGCCGCGAAGAAGCAACAGCCCGGACAAGUUCAAGCGCCCCACGCCCCCUCCCUCUCCGAACACGCAGACCCCGCUGCCGUCGGCGCCCCCACCUCCCCCUCCGCCUCCCCAGCUGGCUCCUUUCCAGCCCUCCACUCAGCCUUAG